GCCUAGCGACAGUGCUCCGCCGCCGCCGCCCCCAGCCGGCUCCCUAGCCCAUCCUCUGCUGCAGGGGGCUGGUCCGGCCCCGGGAAGGACGGAGGGGGAUCCAGCGUCUCCCCGCGCGGCUGAGGGAGGCUCGAAGCAUGGAUGGCAGCCGGAGAGUGAAUAAGAAAUCAUAAAUUUCUGGUCAAGGUGACAGUAAAUGGCAGAACAGCCUUUGAAUCCAGUUAGAGCAACCUCUGUCCUUCCCAGAUAUGGUCCACCAUGCUUAUUUAAAGGACACUUGAGCACCAAAAGUAACGCUUUUUGCACUGACUCCUCCUCUCUCAGACUAAGUACUCUCCACCUGGUCAAGAAUCACAUGGCUAUUCACUAUAAUAAAAUCCUUUCAGCCAAAGCUGCAGUAGAUUGCUCCGUUCCAUUAAGCAUGAGUGCCAGCAUCAAAUAUGCAGACCAACAACGAAGAGAGAAACUGAAAAAGGAACUAGCACGAUGUGAAAAGGAGUUGAAAUUAACUAAAACUGCAGUGCAAACCAAUUCUAAAAAUAAUUCCAAGUCAUUAUUUACCACUUUUCAAAAGCCUUCAGGGGAGCCGCAAGAGGAAGAUGUGUUCAUUGAAGAAGUGAAUGGCUUUUCGUCCUUUACAAGGUCACCGGUAACUUCUUCAGAGAAACUACAUAUAAGUCUGCCUAAACCUGAUAAAGUGUUCACAAAUGAUACUGAGAAGAACUCCAGUUCCUUCCUGUCCAGCAUGGAUUGCACCAUCUCCGGGCCCAGGAAACCAUGUUCUGGACCCCUGUGUGGCAGAGCACCCCGGAGCACGUUCCCAAAUGCCCACCGGUUUCAGUUGGUUAUUUCAAAAACACCCAGCGGGGACCUUUUGGAUAAACAUUCUGAACUCUUUUCUAACAGACAUUUGCCAUUUACCCCACGUACUUUAAAAACAGAAGCAAAAUCUUUCCUGUCACAGUACCGAUACUAUACACCUGCCAAAAGGAAAAAGGACUUUACAGACCAGCGAGUAGAAGCCGAGACCCAGACGGAGCUAAGCAGCUUUAAAUCUGAUUUCGAUACACUUGAGAUUAAAAACUUCGCAGAUUCAGGAGCGAACAUAAAUCAGGUAUCUAGUUGCAUGAACUAUGAAAAAGAAAAAAUGACCCCUUUACCUGUACAGGGGCACAACUUACCAUGGGGUGAGGGUAAAGACGGAGCUCUUCAGCACUCCUCAAGGACAAUAUGUCAGUAUUCCUUGGAGCCUCCUACAGGGAGAAAAGUGUACUCUGAUGAUGAAGAAUUAUUGUAUCUGAGUUUCAUUGAAGAUAUAACAGAUGAAAUUUUGAAACUUGGUUUAUUUUCAAACAGGUUUUUAGAACAACUGUUUGAGCGACAUAUAAAACAAAAUAAACAUCAUUUGGAGGAGGGGAAAAUGCGCCAUCUGCUGCAUAUCCUAAAGUUGGAUUUAGGCUGCGUAUCCAAGGAAAACGCAGUAAAACUGGAUGAUGUCGAUAAUUUUAAUUUACUUGAUUUUGAAAAUACUGGGAAUUCUGAGCAAAAUGAAUGUAAAAAUGAACAAAAUGCAAUUCAACUAGAACGUCAAGAAUACAAAAAAGCGUUGGAUAUGUUAUUGUCUCUACCAAAGGAAGAGAAUGAGGUAUCUUCACCAAAUGAAUUCUACAUGCCCAUCUAUAAAUCAAAGUUUUCAGAUGAGGUUGAAAUUCAACAGGUGAAUGAUGAAACAAAUCAUGGACCUGCAAUUUGGGAUGAAAAAAGUCCAGACAACUUAACAGACAGCUUCACAGACCCAGAGACCGAUGUGAAUGUCAUUGAAGGCGAGAGUGACACUGAAAAGGUUGAGACAGCAAAUGAAUUGUGUUGUCUUAGCAUGGCCCUCGCCCAGACUGGUCAGUUGUGCGCUGUCGGUGGUGACGGAAAUCAUGACAUGGAACAACCAACUCUUAAAAUCACAGAAAUGAGCAUUGAGGACUGCCCUGUGGAUGUUUGACCUUCAUUAAUAAAUAUCCCAAAUGGCCAGUAAUUCAAUUUUAUUUUUCCUCUUUUUCUCUUUUUUAUAUUAAGAUUUAUGUUCUCCUUUUCUAUGCUGUAUAAUAAAUUGCCAUAACUAGCUGCUUAAA